AUGGGGUCUCUGUUCCAGAAGACGGACGCGGCGGCGACACGGUUACAGCAGUUGAAGUCCGCCCCGCCGCCACCACCGCCUCCGCACCCGGCUUCCUCUCCACCGUGCGGACCAGCACCGCCGCCGAACACGAUUCACGGGGUCAUCACCACCUUCGACCUCAACCAUGCUCCGAAUACGUCGAUGCGUCCAUCUGCAUCGCCGUCGGAGCGGGCCUACGGGCACUGCGAGCAGGGCGGCGGGAUCCUCGGACCCCGGCCGUCCAACUUCAAUCAGGCGGCUCUCUGGUUGCAGACUGUUGAGCGCAGAGGCAGAAUCACUGAUUGGGAGAAAUUCUGUCAGUUGGUAUUUCAGAAGUUUGACAAGGAUCAAUACAAGAAUCAAUUGAGACAGUUGGACUCUUUGCAGCAGACAGGAUCUGUGGCUGAAUAUCAGAAGAAGUUCGAGCAUCUUUCUCAUGGGAUUCUCUUGUACAAUGAGUCUUAUGAUGACACCUACUUCGUCACAAGAUUUGUUGCAGGUCUGAAAGAGGAGAUUCGAGCAGCCAUUGCCUUACACAGGCCAGCUGAUGUUGAUUCUGCAAGUGCUUUGGCAAUUUUGCAAGAAGAGCUUGAGUUAUCCAAGAAGAAAUAUGCUGCCAAGGAUGUUAAGCCAAAGGCACACAAGGCUGAUAUUGAAGAUAAGCUGGAAACUCUGAAAGCAUUUCGUAGGAGAAAUGGCCUGUGUUUUAAAUGUGGGGAGAAAUGGAAUCAUACACAUAAAUGCCCAGCUCAAGUCCCGCUGCAUGUAUUGGAGGAAUUAUUUGAUGCCCUGGAAUUCUCUGAAUCGGAAUCUGGGAAUGAUCAGGAAACUGAAGAGGAGUCACCUGAUACUAUUCAUGCUCUCCAGUCUGAUCCAUCAGUGAAAACUUCUAAAAGAAGAACCAUUAAGAUUCUGGGCAAGGUUGGCAAACAGCAAGUACUCAUCCUGGUGGAUUCUGGUAGCAUUGGCACAUUUGUGAGUGAGGAAUUGGUGAAGAGGCUUAAGUUAGCUACAACCCCAUGCACUGAGUCCACAUUCAAAUCUGCUGAUGGGGGUUUAAUGGUUUGCUUAGCCCAAGUUCCUGAACUGGUGUGGUAUGCUCAAGGCCAAACUUUCAGUUCUACAGCCAAAGUAUUACCACUUAAGUGCUUUGACAUGAUUAUAGGAGAAGACUGGCUGGAAGAGGUGAGCCCAAUGUGGGUGGAUUGGAGAACUAAGAAAAUGAAGUUCACUUAUAAAGGCCAGAGAAUCACCUUAACUGGAGUUAUGGAUGAUAUUGCUCAGUGCUCUCAAUAUAAGCAGGGAGCAACCAACUCUGCAGCUGAUGCUCUAUCCAGAUGCACUGAUCAUCAAUCUGUGACUGCAAUCUCUGAAUGUGUUCCAUCUUGGCUUCAGAAGCUUGCUCUGGGAUAUGAAGUUGAUCCAGAGACUAAAACUCUUUUGAUGGAGUUGAGUGUUACUGAUGACAAUCAGAAGGGUUUCACAUUGCAGGAGGCAUCAUAA